AUGCCUCCCAAUUCCACUCGAAGUACGGCGAUUGAAGACUUGCUCGAUUAUAUUCGUGAGGACUUUCCCAAUUUCGACGCAACUCUUGAGAUCUUGCAAGUGAUUUUGGAAAGCGACCCUAGUACCUCGGCGGUAGCAAAGUCUUACCGACGUUGGUUAUAUAUCAGUGUCAUGCAGCAGGUCUUGACGUUGGGGGAGAAAGAGAAAGAAGAGUGGGUGGUCGACCUGUUCAGUGGCAAUCGAAAUAUUGUAGAAUCGUUUGCGGAUACGAUGUGCGAAGACGGCUUCUGGACCGAGGAGGAAGAUGAAGAAGGUAUUCCUUUCUAUGCUAUGGAUCGACAGAGAGAAGCGAACCUCUACACCUGGCUUGCACGGCCCGAUAUCCAGAGUUUCUACCAGGUCGAGGUGCUGAAAUUUUGUCCUCUAAUCAUGAAGGACAGCAUCGAGGGAUCUGACCACAUACCAGAGAAAGGGCCAAAGUCAGCGUACAAGGUCGUCGUCCCAGAUUGGCAGAAGGAGAUCAUCGCCACAAAGAGACAGCUCGCACAAUCUCAAUCCCUCGUUGAGGACCUAAAAGAACAGCUCGCACAAUCUCAAUCUCUCGUGGAGGACCUACAAGAACAGCUCGUACAAUCUCAAUCCCUGGUGGAGGAUUCGCAUGAACAAGUACAUCGAGCCAAUGAGAUCAUAGCUACUCAAGCCAAAGCCAUCGAUAGUAAGAAUGAGCAAUUGAAGGUGGCGCGUACGACUAAAGCACGAUGGGAGAAGGCAUGGAUGAAGAGAUACAAGAAGUUCUUCAAGCGUACGUGGAAAUAG